GGGGGGAUGCGUCGGGUAAUAUUGAAAUAAUAUAAAAAAAGUUAAUUGAUAUCUUUCAAAGUUGAAUUUAAGAAAGGAAUUUCAGAAUUAUAGGAUAUUUCAUUCAAAUCAAUGAUUUGCAUACUGUUUUGCAAUUAAGAUUUAAAAAACUAAGAAAGUCUGGCAACGCGAAUAGUUAUUUGUUGUUUAAUUUUGCAACGCCUAAAAACACAAAAUACAAAGCAAUCAGCUUACUUUUAGCUUUUACCUCACACAAACAUAACAAACUCUACGCGUAGUUUCGUGCAGUUUCUUUCCUUGCAAACGCUAAUAGAAUGUCAAAAAUGAAAGCGAAAAAGGAACCGUCUUCAGAUUUGGAACAGAGUCUACUUAGUACUGAAAAACUAGAUCGCGCCUCUCCUGACAUUUGGCCUGAACGAAACUAUCCAGGGAUAGAGUACGUCAUUGAGCCUCCAAGAUCACCAGAGAUGCCAGCGUUACCCCUAUCCAUCAUUCCCCAAGAAUUGGACAAGCAUGAUUAUACACUAGUUGGACGUUAUUCCAAAUUAACAGCACAAGAACUGAUAGCUGAAGUCAAGCAAUUGCAGAAUUUAGCUUAUCAGCUUGGUCUGGAAGAAGCCAAAGAAAUGACAAGAGGAAAAUACCUAAAUAUACUUUCAUCUAACAAAAAAAGAAAAAUCUAAAUAUGAUAGUAUAUGUUGACUAAUUUGAAACAAGUCUAACACAAAUUUUGCAUUUCUUUUUUUUCUGAUUUUGUUUAUUCGUUCUUUAAAAGAAAUAAUAGUUUAGCUGUGGACUCUGAUGAUAAGUACAACAGAGAUGUCGAAUUUUA